UCUUCCACUGUCUCUUCUCGAAUCCAUAAUGUGAACCUAUCUGCAGCCCAACAACGUAAGGUACUGAAGUUGUAGUAAAUUUCUAAAUUCUACCCUUUGGACGACGUUACGUACUCUUUCUGCCCCUUCUUUCCCGGAAGAGUACAAAAAUUCUGGAUAGAGAAAUUAAAGGAGGGAAGUGUGGCAGACGGAGAACAAGGACUUGGAAGAAUACUGCCGGAGUUCCAGAACAAAUAUGGGUUUCUCGGGAUAGGCCAGACAGAGCAAAAGAUUUGGGGGAAACAGAGAGUUCUACAACUAAAGCGGAAUGGAUUUCCUUCACUUUCUAAUUUCUCUGCCUCUUUUACUCACAUUUUAUACUCUACGACCUGUUCUUGGAAAUGCAGAGCUGAGAGCUCUUCUCGAGUUGAAGUCUUCACUGGACCCAGAGAACAAGUUCUUGCAGUCAUGGACCAGUGAGGAUGACCCCUGCAGUGGCUCAUUUUUGGGGGUGGCGUGCAACGAGCAUCGUAAAGUGGCCAACAUUUCCUUGCAGGGAAAGGGUCUCUCAGGCAAGGUCUCGGGAGCCGUGGCUGAGCUAAAAUGCUUGUCGGGGUUGUACUUGCACUACAACAAUUUGUCCGGAGAAAUACCCAAAGAGAUUUCCAAUCUAACUGAGCUGACUGAUCUUUAUCUCAAUGUGAAUAAUCUAUCUGGUGGUAUACCGCAUGAGAUAGGGAAGAUGAGUAGUCUUCAAGUUUUGCAGCUAUGUUAUAACCAGCUGACGGGGAAGAUUCCUACACAGAUGGGUUCCUUGAAGAGAUUAAAUGUUCUUGCCUUGCAAGACAACAGACUAAUGGAUGAAAUUCCUGCAAGCUUAGGGAACUUGAGGAUGCUAAGAAGGCUUGAUUUAAGCUUUAAUGGCUUCUCUGGUGGAAUUCCAGCAAGUCUGGCGGAUAUUUUACAGUUGAAAGUUCUAGAUGUCCGAAACAAUUCUCUCUCUGGAGUUGUCCCUUCUGCUUUCAGGAGAUUAAAGGAAGGGUUACAGUGUGGGAACAAUCCAGGUUUAUGUGGAGUUGGGUUUUCUGCAGUGCGAGUUUGUACUGCAUUUGAUGAUGAUGAUAAAGGUAAUGUUGAUCAACUUGGACCAAGCAUAAAUUAUACUGCUCCAAUAGCCAACCCUCAACCCCCAAAUUUUGGAGCUCAUUGCAGCCGGACGCAUUGCUCAAUGUCAACAAGAUUCCCACAGGCUGCAGUAGUUGCAGGGGUUAUUACAGUCACUGUCAUAUUGACAGGGGCUGUAUUUCUGAUCAUUAUCAUGUACCGCCGGAAGAAACAAAAGAUCGGGACCAUAUCUGAUUUUUCUGAUGAUCGACUUAGCACUGACCAGGCUAAGUUCUAUGUGAAUAGUGCAUCUCCACUAGUAAUUCUUGAGUACUCCAAUGGAUGGGACCCUUUGGCUGAUGGCCGAAAUGGCAUUGGAUCUCCUCACGAUUAUCUAAGUUACUUUAGGUUCAACAUGGAAGAGGUUGAGUCUGCAACCCAGCACUUCUCUGAGGUAAAUUUACUGGGAAAGAGCAAAUUCUCAGCUGUGUACAAAGGAAUUCUUAGAGAUGGUUCUAUUGUAGCUAUUAGAAGCAUUAAUGUGACUAGCUGUAAGUCUGAGGAAGCGGAGUUUGUGAAGGGUUUGAAAUUAUUAACCUCACUGAGACAUGAAAACCUUGUUCAGCUGAGAGGUUUCUGUUGCUCAAGGAGCAGGGGUGAAUGUUUUCUCAUAUAUGAUUUUGCUCCAAAUGGCAACCUGUCUAGAUAUCUUGAUUUGGAUGAUGGAAGCAACCUAGCUCUCGACUGGUCCAAGAGGGUUUCUAUCAUCAGUGGCAUUGCAAAAGGGAUUGGGUAUUUACAUAGCAGCAAAGAAAACAAGCCUGCCAUAAUUCACCAAAACAUAUCAGUCGAGAAGAUUCUCAUUGAUCAGCAGUUCAAUCCAUUGAUUUCAGAUUCUGGCCUUCCUAAGCUUCUUGCUGAUGACAUUAUCUUCUCGGCUCUUAAAAUUAGUGCUGCCAUGGGAUACCUAGCUCCUGAGUACAUUACCACCGGUCGCUUCACUGAGAAGAGUGACAUAUAUGCAUUUGGAGUAAUCAUCCUCCAAAUUCUUUCCGGUAAGCAGAAUGUCACCAACUCAAUAAAAUUGGCAGCUGAAUCUUAUAGAUUUCAAGAUUUCAUGGACACAAAUCUGAAGGUGAGUUUCUCUGAAUCUGAGGCAACUAAGUUGGCAGAAAUUGCACUGAUGUGCACCCACGAGCACCCUGACCACAGGCCAAACAUCGAGGCCGUAAUUGAGGAGCUAAGCAGUUUUAGUGACAGUUCUUAAUGGCCUAUUUUUGUGUCUAUUUCAUGGGAGUUGCUGAAGAUAAUAACCUAAUGAUGGACCUUCAUCAAUAUGUCUACUCUUGUUGAAGCUGGUCCUAUUUAUAGUUAUAUCCUUCUGAGCAAACUAAUGAUAUUACUGAUACGUGUGAAAGACUUAGUUUCCUGCAAAUUGAUGGUGGAAGAGAAGUCUAUGCUGGGAAACAUGAGUCCUCGUGAUUAAUUGUAAUAAGAUAUUUCUACCUUUCUGAAAAGCAGUAGCUGUGAUGAGGAAUUGGAAGAAACUCUGCUUAUUUCAUCCAUUUAUAUAUAUAGUUUCGCAUACAAUGAA